CAUUUGACAACACAGCAUUUUUCAGAUUUAAAGUUACUAACAGUGUUUAUGGAUGACAGAUGGUACCAGGAAGGACAUUUACAUCUGCCAAUCUGUUGGCUGUGGCAGAUCAAAUUCAGCUAACCUGCCGCCAUAGCAGACAGGUUUUUCUCACAAUUAGGAAAUAUUAUUCAAAGAGAAAUAGUCAGAGUUAAGGUUACAUUUUAUUUUGGAUAUAUUUACUGUCUGGUACCACAUACUCAAGUGGCAACAUGCGGUUUCAACAACUUGCAAUUAAAAGUGCUUUACAAAAAACAUUACAAAAAACCUUAAGACAGAGACGGAUUGCCUUUGUUUAUAAUCGGCUUUACGAUUUAUAGCCAUCAGUCACUGGAAUAUGCUUCCAACUGAGCUAAACACACACUUCCACUUUUUUUUAAAAAACUUUUUUUUGUUCUUUUUUAUAAACAAACAACCUAACAGACAGCACAAUAGCAGUUGGCAAACAAGUAGGAUGACAACAGUGCGAUUUGAGUCCGACAGGACAAAAAACAAAACAAAAAUAAAUAAAACAAAACAAAAAAGGACUGAGACAGGACAAAUAAAACAACAACAAAAUCAAAAACUAAAGGCUCUGAGUCUAAGUCCAUUAUUAAUAAGGCAAAUAAAGUACAAAUCAAACAAUGUGUAUAAAUGGAACAAAAAGACCAAACAUAUCAAAUAAAAACACAACACUUGUUGGUCAGUCAGUCACCCACUAAUCACAGUUUAACACCGGAGGUCUACUACCCUAUUGUACAGAGACAUCCGGCAUGUCCAGCUCCCGUAUAUACCUGUAGAAUGGGCUCCACAUCUUGUGGAAUUUCCCCAGGGAGCCCCUCACUAUGCACCUUAUUUUCUCGAGUUUGGCUGAAUUUAGGACUUCUUUUAACCACAAGGUGUGCGAAGGGGGUAUUGGACACAUGAGCAAUAUCAGGCGUCUGGCUAGAAAAGUAACAAAGGCUAUGUAGGUUGUCUCCAGAGAAGAGAGUGGCCAUGUGGGUGGGGUUACACCAAACAGUGCGGUCAUGGCAUAAGGAGCGAUCGGUUUUCCAGUGAUUUCUGACAGUGAUCUAAAGAUUUCAGUCCAAUAAGAGUGUAAGACCGGACAAGACCAGAACAUGUGUGCAUGACUCGCCAGUGCUUGGCUGCAUCUGUCACAAGUUGGGUCCACCUCCUUAUAUAUUUCAGAGAGCCUGAGCUUAGUAAAGUGUGUGCAAUGCACAACUUGGCACUGAAUCAGUCCAUGUCUAGCACAAAUAGAAGAUUUAUGUACAUUAGCAAGGGCUUUUUCCCAGAGUUCCUCAGAAAUCUCCUCCCCAAGAUCUAUUUCCCAAAGAGAUUUAAUGGAGUUCAGGGUAACCAAACGAAGAGAAUAAAUCUGAGCGUAAAUACAGAUCAUCAUUCCCUUCAGACUAGGUAACCUAGGCCUAAGGAGUGUGUCUAGUGGUGAAUCAGUUGGGUGAUUAGGAAACUGAGGAAAUCUAUUAUUAACAAAACUGCGAAUCUGUAGAUACCUGAAGAAAUGUUGCCUAGGUAGUGCACAUUUGUCAGAUGGCUGUUGGAAAUAAGCAAAUGUGUUGUGAAUAUAAAGGUCUUUGAAUGUUUUAAUGCCUUGGUUAGACCAAAUAGUAAAUGUGCCAUCUACUAAGGAUGGAGGAAAAACAUGGUUUGUAGUUAAAGGGGCUAAUAUAGAGUAUGUUUGGAGACCAAAGAAACGUCUGAACUGAUUCCAAAUUUUCAAGGAUGCUUUGACAAUUACAUGUUUAGUGUAAGCAGAGGAGGGGGUCUUAAUGGGAGAGUGAGCCAAUGCUGAAAGAGAUACUGGACUACAGGAAGCAGCCUCCAUUUCAAGCCAAACAGGCUGAGAGCGCUGUGAGUCAGACUGCAGCCAGGACUGUAUUAUUCUCAGAUUAGUAGCCCAAUAAUAGAACCUCAAAUUCGGCAGAGCAAGUCCACCCAGCGCCUUUGGUCUCUGUAAAAAUUGCUUGCGUAUCCUUGGAGUUUUCUUGUUCCAAAUAAAGUUCAAAAUAAUAGUGUCAGUUUUCCGAAAAAACAUUUGAGGGAGGAAAAUGGUCACACAUUGAAAUAAAUAUAGAAAUUUGGGGAGUAUAUUCAUCUUGAUAUAAUUAAUUCGGGCAACCAGAGACAGAUUCAACACUGACCAGCGGUCGAUGUCUUCCUGUACGCGGGACAAAAGGGGGGCAAAAUUAGCUUUAUAAAGGUCUUUAAAUGUAUCAGUCACCUGGAUCCCGAGGUAUGUGAAGCUGUGUAGUGCAGUACACACUUCCACUCUUUACAAAUAAUUAUAAAGUUGUACUGAUAAAUGUGCUUGAAUGUAUGUUUGUCUGUUUGUAUAACUGUAAGCUUCCUCUGUAAAAUAUCCAUAAGACUUACUAUUGCUUUCUGUUUAUAAUGUUCAACCUAAAAUGGAGAAAAGGGCUAGCCAGAGGAAGUUGCAAAAGACCAGUCUUAUUUCGGUAGAUGUAUACUGUGAUCUGUAAUGUUUACCAGCUGCGGCACUUGGUUUGGUUUCAGCCUGUGAGUCUGUGAUGUGUCAUCAUGAAUAAAUAACCCUUGAAACAUUCGUUGUAACAAGAACUAAAGUACAGAUAAGGUUUUAGUCAUGCGAUUUUGUCAAUGCAAAAGCGUCACAACGGUGAAAGAUGCAGUCACAAAACGUUCCAGAUGUGUAGUCAAGAUCAAAGUGAAGGGGAGUUCGGAGAUGGGUCUGCUAUGAGCAGAACAAAAGGAAAUGAACCACAACACAAAUAGUUACUUUUAGAUGCAAAUCCUUAAAUGCAUGUAAAAAAGACUUUGGUUUAGUAUGAAUGAGGGUAAUGCAAAAGUCAGUGGUGUAAAGUGCAAAUCUAGCAAGAUGUUAUUUAUUUCACAUAAGUAGCUUUUGUUGAGGUUUUCGAAGAAAGCGUUGAAUGUUUACCUUCAUAUUUCUUCACCACAAACACUGUAUGAUGUGUAAUUUCCUUACAUACAAAGUCUUAUAGUAUUUUGCAAUCUGGUCAAUGAUGGUGUUGUCUUGUUGUCCAUUACAAAUUACAGCACUGGAGUAACAGUACUAGUGAUGUUUUUUAUUGUAUUAUGUUGGUCUGUGCACAUGACACUACAGUAUAUUGCACAUAAUUACAUCCAGGGAGAGUUAUCUCCAGUCCAUCUAACACAACACUAAUUGUAUUAGACCUAAAACAAAACAAAUGUUGUUAGAUGAAUGAAUAAUGUGCUUUUUCUUUGCCUGGAAGUGUGUUUCCAUCAGUCGAGACCAUUCGUCUUGUUUCUUAACUUGUUGCCAGAGGGAAAAGUAAGGACAUCACCAGCGUGGGUUUAUCCUGUCUCUAGAACAUUUAAUAAUGUUAAGUCCUUUAAAUCGUCGGGGAAUUUCACUCUUAACCAAACAAAAGUGGCCAGCAUUUCCUCAGCUCAUCAUGUGUUUAAAAAAAGACCAGCUGUGUGUGUGUGUUUCUGAGGGGGGGGGGUUUCCAUAGCUCGAUCAAGCAGGAGGAGCCUGCUGCUGUAGCUUUUAAAAGACUCACAGCAGCUGAAUGGCAUCAACAGAGAAGCACUGUAAGAUAAGGAGUGUUUUUCUGGCUGCUGGCACCGUAUCUGUUCCAGGAAAACGAUGAGGACUGACACAUGCGGCAUUAGGAACUUCCUCCCCCGUAAAAAGUGGUUCGGGUUCGGCACCAGAAAUCAACCACAACCCCCGGCUGUCAACAACAACACCUCCAGCCUGACGGAUGGAUCCCCCUUACCCCAACAGGAGGAGCCCCAACCCGUGAUCCUCACAUAUGAGCAGAUGUUCCAGGAAAAACUAUUGUCUGAAGCCGGCCAGCUGCUGAUAGAAAAAGAGGAGCGUCUGUUUAGAGAGUUAAAGGAGUCAGAUGCUUUUACACAUCAUGAGGAACAAGUAAACCAACUGAAGGCAGACCGCAAGGCCCUGCAAGACCUUGUACUGCAGACUCUGGGACAAUCUCUUUGUCUGGAAGAGGACAGCUUGGCGGGUCUGACGUCUGCCGUGAAGGCCGUGAUGCAGGAGGAGGACCAGGACUUGCUGUGGAAACAAAGGGAUCAGACACCUCCGUCUUGGAGGCCCAGUGGAUGGAGAAAGCUGCACGACUCCACACUCCUCAGCUUGGUGAAAGAACGUAUGGAAAACCCUUCAACACCCUCUGCUUGCCAGAUCAAACUGACUACUAUCCAGGCAGACAUCACCAACAUGGGCAGGCAGCUGAAAGAGGAUCUGCUGUCUGUGGUGGGCGGUGUGAAGAGAUGCUACCCACAAGAGAUGGACAUUUGCAAUUUUUACUCCAAGUUAUACCACCAAACCUUAAGCGCCAGUCUUAUGAACAUCGCAGACUUUGGUCUGGUGGACAAGGAUCGCACUUUCCUCCUGCGCUGGGUGAACGAGUAUUAUCCAGAAAUCCUUGCAAAGCCACAGCUACACAGCGAGAUCGAUAGUGGGCCGUUGGGAAAGCUGCUGCCUGAAAGGUUACUGAAAUCGCUCGAGGAUGAAUACCUGAGCAACCAACAGGGUGAGCUGACUACAAUAAUCUGCCGGGUGCUGGGUGAAGAAAGGGAAAAGUGGAAUAAAGGAGAGGAGCCGGAAACAGAGGACGGCUGCUUCUUUAGUCCUGUGGCAUACGACAUAAUUCAGCUCAUCAACGGUAAGGUGACUUCAUCUACAAAGGUUUUGGGAGAUCCGCACAAGGCCCAGAGAAUAACGUGCCAUAUAUCAAAAGAUUUAAUGGACCGUUACAAGAGCUUCCAAAGUGACGUCAUAAAGCAGAACAAGGCAAACAGCAGGUCGUUCAUCAAGGCCAACCUCGACUGUAUCAAACAGUUCAGUGAAGUCCUCAAUAAGGAGAGACAUCUGUUCACAGAAGAUGUGAGGAAGAACUGUUUGCGUGUUCUGACUGACAUGAAACAAUCUGCCCACACAUACUUAUUACAACCUUUGCACGAGCGCCUCAAGCCGCAGUACCGCAAACUGGGAACCAGCGACUGGCUGCACCAGAGUGAGUUUAAGGAGCUGCUGGACGGCAUCAACAAAGAGGGUCAAGAUCUUCAGGGUUCAACUGAAUCCUGUCACAAGGAGCUGAUGGGCCAGCUGGAGCAGGAGGUUACAGUAGAAUAUGUGAGGAGGCUCCUGAAAGGAAAAGUAAAACUAAAGGACAAGAUGCAACAGCUGAAGGCCUACCUGACUGUGAAGGACAACGCAGAGAAUUUGCAUCAUUUAUUCGUCCAAAUGGGAUCAGAGGAGGAUUGGUUGAAGGAAAUCCUGUUCAAGAUUGCAGAAGUGCUGAAACUCCAGGAUCUCCCCGCCAUACAGAUGCAAGUCGUCUUACUUGGAACUGAUUACCCUGACCUCAGUGAAAAACAUGUUUUGGCUCUGCUGAAGCUCAAGACCGACCUCACUAAAGCUGACAGGAAAUCCGCCACAGACAUUCUGCACACUUUGAGGGAAAUAGGAAGCAACACCCAGCCUCGUUCCUUUUUCUCCCUCGUUCAGGUCAAAUGAGCCAUAAAUCACUCAGUUAUCCUCAUUUCAAAGUUGGCUGAAAGGCGGGUUGUACAUAUCGUUUACUGUAUCAUGUUCUGAUUAUAACGAGUCGACACUGCUCUCUCGGUGUGACAAGGCUCAGUCUAAAUGUUACUUAUGCUGAAAAUAAUAAUGUAAAAUGAGUACUGUGUUUGAAUAAGCUACAGUUCACAUUAUUGUUGCUGGUAAAUAUGGUGCUUCAUCAAGCUGUGCUGAACGUUCACAUACAAAAUGUUUUGCAUUGUUCUUUUGUUUUUGGGUAAUCAUUCUGUUUAAACCGAAUAUUUCUGCCAUUAAAGAUUAACUACAAAAUGAAUAGUAUUAAACUAUUUUUGUAAUAAUUUCAGUGGUGUUUCCGAUUACUCCAGAGCGAUGUCCAAAAGUAAAAAAACCUCACCCACAUCUUUGAAUGUUCAAAACAUUACAUUUGGUACAGAUCUUGUGCUUUUUACUAAUGAGUAACAUGAAUGUAUAUGUUUGGGAAACAAGUACUUGUUUUAAGAAUCAGUUUUAUAGUAUUUUAUUAUUGAUGUGUAUAUUUUGCUUCAUCUGUUGUAUAUAAUAUUGUAAAAAGAGUGUUGAAUGCAAAUUCAACACUGGAACGCAGGAAAUCAUUGAGAUUUUGUGUGGAAAUACCUGCUGGGCAGAGGUGUUUCCUGUUUACUAUUUCUGAAUAAUAAUCUGCACCUCUUUAAGGCAGAGGAAGGAUGUGCCUUUGCUGCAAAUUACUGUCAGCAUGUCGUUUUUCCCUGAAAGUUGGACUGUGUUUAUGUAUCCUGUGUGUGCAGGAAGACGGUCGUAAAAAUAUGAUCAUUAAAACCGGGAAAUGAUGAGGCUGA